AUGUCCGCCCCCGAGCUCGCCACCUCCUACGCCGCUCUCAUCCUUGCCGAUGACGGCAUUGAGAUCACCGCUGAGAAGCUGCAGACUCUGAUUACUGCGGCCAAGGUUCCCGAGAUCGAGCCCAUCUGGGCCUCUAUCUUCGCCAAGGCUCUUGAGGGCAAGGAUGUUAAGGAGCUCCUGACCAACGUCGGCUCUGCUGGCCCCGCUGCUGCCGCCGCCCCCGCUGCCGGUGGUGCCGCCGCUGACGCUGCCGCUCCCGCUGAGGAGAAGAAGGAGGAGAAGGUUGAGGAGGAGUCCGACGAGGACAUGGGCUUCGGUCUGUUCGACUAA